UUAUGGCUUUAGUUUAAAGUUUUCUUUGCCAGUUAGAAGUUCUAAAAAAAUCUAUAUAUUUUUUCGAAUGAAGCUUAUCAUUUUCGUGGCAGUGUUUACUGCUCUUGUGGCCACUUCCUUGGCUUUGAAAAAUGAAAUCUGUGGCCUGCCACAUUCCAAAGAUGGUGAAAAUGGUCUCCACUGUCUGGCAUAUAUGCCCUCGUGGACCUAUGAUUCUGAACAAAAUAAAUGCAUUAAAUUUAUCUACGGAGGCUGUGGAGGAAACCUAAAUAGAUUUAUGUCACAAAACUUAUGUGAAAGAAUGUGUUUGGAAUAAAAUAAAACUUCACAUUAUAUAAUCCCAUCUUCAAAA